AUUCAGCAGAGAAGAGCUGAGCCUGCGGCGGGUGGGAGAAGAAGACCGAUGGAGGCGGCGGCGGCGGCAGCAGCGCCCUCCAGCCAGGGCAGCAGCGGGGCUGCUCCGAGGGGGCUGCUCGGCUGAGAGCCAGCGGCGGGGAGGGGCCCCCCUCGGGCCCCCGUCCCAGAACGGCUGAUCAGCUUAAGGGAUGGAGGCGGACUGGCAGUGGCCGCCGCGCGCUGCAUGAGCUGCAGCCAGCAGCCCUCCUCCUCCUCCUCCUCCUCCUCCUGCAGCAGCAGCCGCCGCUGCCGCCGGGGCUUGGCAGCCUGGCUGCUCCCAUCCUGCAUCCUUCGGCUACCCAAGCCAGAGAGCAGCAGCAGCAGCAGCAGCAGCAUCCCGCCAGCAUCCCGCGCCCUCCUUUGUCUCCAGCCGCCGCCGCCGCCGCUGCUACCGCGGGUGCCGCAAAGGACAGAAGCCUCGCCUCGCCUCGCGCACCCGCCCUCCCCAUGCCUGCAGCUCGGGGGGCACCAGCAGCCGCCUCCAGACACUAGAGCCGGAGCCGGAGGCGGGGAGGGGGCCAGGCCCGCCCGCCCGCGGGCAGAGAGUUCGGCGGCUAUGGCCGAGAAAGGCCUCGACCCCACCUGCGUCUCCAUCGCCCUGGAGGACUCCGUGUGCAACUCAGGCUCACAGGACGCCCCGCUCCUGACCACCCAUCUGAAGAAGGUGGAGAACCACAUCACGGACGCCCAGAGGUUCUCCCACUUGCCCAAGCGCUCGGCGGUGGACAUCGAAUUUGUUGACCUGUCGUACUCCGUCCGCGAGGGCUCCUGGUGGAGAAAGCGAGGAUACAAGACCCUCUUGAAAUGCCUGUCUGGAAAGUUUUGCCGCCGCGAACUGAUUGGGAUAAUGGGCCCCUCUGGGGCUGGAAAAUCAACCCUCAUGAACAUCCUGGCUGGUUACCGGGAGACGGGUAUGAAGGGCCAAAUCCUCGUGAACGGGCGGCAGAGGGAAUUGCGCACCUUCCGGAAGAUGUCUUGCUACAUCAUGCAGGACGAUAUGCUGUUGCCGCAUCUCACUGUCCGGGAGGCCAUGAUGGUAUCUGCAAACCUGAAACUGAAUGAGAAACAGGAAGUGAAGAAGGAACUGGUGAAUGAGAUCUUGACAGCACUGAGUCUUCUGGAAUGUUCCUACACACGCACCAUAUCCCUGUCUGGGGGGCAACGCAAGCGCCUUGCCAUUGCCCUAGAGCUGGUCAACAAUCCCCCAGUCAUGUUCUUUGAUGAACCCACCAGUGGGCUGGACAGUGCCUCCUGCUUCCAGGUGGUCUCCUUGCUGAAGUCGCUCGCCCAGGGCGGGCGCACCAUCAUCUGCACCAUCCACCAGCCCAGCGCGAAGCUCUUCGAAAAGUUCGAUAAGCUGUAUAUCCUCAGCCAGGGGCAGUGCAUCUUCAAGGGCGCCGUGGCCAACCUCAUCCCCUACCUAAAAGGCCUGGGCCUUCAUUGCCCCACCUACCACAACCCGGCUGAUUUCAUUAUUGAAGUGGCCUCAGGUGAGUACGGAGACCUCAACCCACUGCUGUUCCAAGCUGUCCAGAACGGGUUGUGCACCAUGGCGGAAAAGAAGAACAGUCCAAGCAAAGCAGAUUCUUCCUGCCCUGGACACUGCGUGGCGGAUCUGGACCACAUCGAGAGCCACACCUUUGCAACCAGCACCAUGACCCAGUUCUGCAUCCUCUUCAAGAGGACCUUCACGUCCAUUUUGAGAGACACGGUGCUAACCCACCUGCGGUUCAUGUCCCACAUCUGCAUCGGGGUCUUGAUCGGGCUGCUCUACCUGCACAUCGGCAACGACGCCGCCAAAGUCUUCAACAACACCGGCUUCCUCUUCUUCUCCAUGCUCUUCCUCAUGUUUGCUGCACUGAUGCCCACAGUCCUCACUUUCCCUCUGGAGAUGUCUGUGUUUCUGAGAGAGCAUCUGAACUACUGGUACAGCCUGAAGGCCUACUAUCUGGCCAAAACCAUGGCAGAUGUUCCUUUCCAGGUGAUCUGCCCCAUCACUUACUGCAGCAUCGUGUACUGGAUGACGGGCCAGCCGCCUGAAGCCACGCGCUUCCUGCUCUUUUCUGCACUGGCCACUUCCACCGCCUUGGUGGCCCAGUCCUUGGGGCUUGUCAUCGGAGCAGCCUCCACCUCCUUACAGGUGGCCACGUUUGUGGGCCCAGUCACAGCCAUACCCGUCCUCCUCUUCUCGGGCUUCUUCGUCAGUUUCAAAACCAUCCCUACCUACCUACAAUGGAGUUCCUACGUGUCUUAUGUCAGGUACGGCUUUGAAGGUGUCAUUCUUACCAUCUACGCCUUGGAACGUGGCGAACUGGAGUGCAAGACAGAAUCCUGCCCCUUCAAGGAUCCCAUCAGAAUCCUUCAAGAACUGGACGUGGAGGAAGCCAAGCUCUACCUUGACUUUAUUGUCCUAGGAAUCUUUUUUAUCAUCCUCCGGCUUCUGGCCUACCUCAUCCUCAAAUACAAGGUGAAGUCUGAAAGAUAAAGGGAGCCGCAGGUGUGGCCCCGAGGCCCUUUGGAGGACCCAUCGGCUGCUCCAUGGCCAUUUUCCAAAGGGACCUGAACUCUGUCGGUCACAGACUGAAGAAGGAAGGGAUGGUGUCGCUGGUGACUCACACUGGCUCAGUCGAGAGGGGUUGAUGAGACAUCUCGGAACUGUUUUAACCUUUCCAAGUAUUCUCGUCAUUGCAAUUUUUUUAAAAAUAAUUCUGGAAUGUGUCAAACUCUUCCCGGAGCAAUACCAAUCAGAACUUAUCCUUGUUUGUCUGCCCCCUUCCAAACCAGAAUCCUUGGGACACUGUCUUCCAAGCUGAUACAGAGGGAGGCUAUCUGGUUUCUGCUCCAUGGG